GAAAUAUCAGUUUAGUUUACUUUAAACCUUCAUCAGGAUGAGAUUUUUCAUACUUUCGGUGCUAUUCGGGCUAGCUUUAUUCGCAGAAGCAGCAGCUAAACCAGAUUGGAUUACACCGAGGGAAUACACAGUCUCACUUGAAAUAGAUUAAACUAGUAAGGAUGUACAAAAAGAACAACUUUCUUCAAAUGCACGCAAAAGAAGUCAAUUUAAUUGUUUAAACUCUCAGUUGGUCUUAUACGUAUUUGCAAAAACUUUCAAACUUUCACCUGCACUCGUGCAUACAAAGUUGCAGUAGUAAUCAUACUAAAAUGUUUAACUAAAACAGUGUGCCUUGGCUUGGAAAUUACACUUAGUGUUACAUUGUUUGGUUAGGAAUAUAAACUAUAGUAUACAAUUCCUUCUUGUUUAUAUGGUUGAAUAAAAAAAAACUUUGAUAAUGUAAACAAGCUAUUAGGAUGUUACUUGGCUUUUGGUUUUUUAAACUAAAAUAUAUUAUAAAUUAACAAAAUAUAUAAGGUAUUUUUUGGGGUUUAAGGCUUACAUAUUUGUGUGAAAAGAAAAAGAAAUUCUACGAUUUCCUAGCAUACAUUUUCCAAUAAUUUAUUUAAGCUUUCUUUUUCUACCAUCGAAAUUGAAAUCCGGAAUCGGAACUCAGACGCAAGACUUUUUAAUUGCCGUAUUGUUUGAGACAAUACAACAGAUGGGAAACAUCAAGCUACCAAAUUUUUGGCAAACCGCUAAUGACAACUAUUCAGCAAAAUCUGUUUUCAAUUCUCCGACCGACGAGAGCCCAACUAAGCAAAUAUGAAACUACGCAAAACGUGGUUAAAUAAUUUGCACGGAUUCCCAGAAACGAAUUUUAGUUGAAUCAAUAUUUGAACUGAUUAAAUGAAAAGUAAAUUAUACGCGAAAAAGAGGAGCUCUAUAAAAUGGGCGAGCAAUGGCCAAUUUAAGUCAGUUGAAAGUGGUUGCUAGUUUGGAAAAUAUGCGUCUGUUCGUGGCUCUGGUUUGUGUCAGUUUGGUGGCAGUGUCAUCUGCCCAGUUGUCCCUGCGCGGAAGAUUGGGACGCUCUGCGAAGGUGGACUUGGCAGUGGAGCCACCCACAUUGCUGGCCAAGGCAGCCGGAAUUGUGCCCACUGUGCUUGUGAAGAAUGCCGGCAUCGUGCCCACUGUGCUGGUGAAGAAUGCAGCCCAAAUCCUACCUGCCGUCAAUGUUGCCGCCGAUGUGGAAACGCCCAGCAUCCUGCCCCAAGUGUCCAACAACAUCUUGCCCUACUAUCCCCGCUACUGGCCCGACUAUGGAUCCUAUGGCUAUCCCGGCGGCUGGAACGGUCCCAGCUACUGGAACAACAACUACUACGACUAUGGAGCACCCUAUCUGCGCAGACGUCGUCUUGUUAAGCCCGUUGUGUCCCCUGCCGUGAUCACUGCACCCACAAACUCCGCCUCCUCCUCCACCACCACCACAACCACCACUGUUUCUGGUGAGGAUUCGCCAGCUGUGACGACCGAUGUCGUUCCCGAUCAGGCUGAAGCUUCCGAAAAUCAGGUUGCUGAGCCCGUGUUCACCACCCAGGUGAUCUAAGUAGAGGUCUGAAAAAUAAUAAUUAAAGCUA